GAGAAGAAGAUUUGGCUGAUUAAUGGCGUCGCCAUGAAUCCGAUGGAUAGUCGAGGAGCGACAUGUUCGGCUGCAGCGGCGGCGGCCACCGCAUUUUUUAUUCGCGUUUUUGUUUGUAGCUAGACUUGGGAGGACGAGAUGUCGUACGGGUCUGGUGGAGCCGCCGCCGCCGGCGGCGGCGGCGGCGGGGAGCGCGGGGCGCCGCGGUCGGCGUUCCACAUCGAGUACGGCGGGGGUGUGUCGCUGCGGCGGCUGGCGCAGCCGGAGGCGCUGGCGCGGGGGAUGAUCACGCAAGGGUCGGCGCAGCUGCGGACGCUGGGGCGGUCGCUGCGGACGGGGGCGGCCAUGGCGGUGGUGUUCCAGGAGGACCUGAAGAACACCUCCCGCAAGAUCUUCGACCCGCAGGACCGGGUGCUGGUGCGGCUGAACCGCAGCUUCGUCGUCUCGUGCAUCGUCUCCAUCGCCGUCGACCCGGUGUUCUUCUACGUGCCCCAGGUGACGGCCAACGGCGGCAACCUGUGCGUCGGCAUCGGCCGCGACCUGGCCAUCUCCGCCAGCGUCGUCCGCACCGUCUUCGACCUCUUCUUCCUGGCCCGCAUCGCGCUCCAGUUCCGCACCGCCUACAUCGCGCCCUCCUCCCGCGUGUUCGGCCGCGGCGAGCUCGUCAUCGACACCGCCCAGAUCGCCGCCCGCUACUUCCGCCGCUUCUUCGUCGCCGACCUCCUCUCCGUGCUCCCGCUCCCCCAGAUCGUCAUCUGGAAGUUCCUCCACCGCUCCAAGGGCGCCGCCGUCCUCUCCACCAAGGACGCCCUCCUCUUCAUCGUCUUCCUCCAGUACGUCCCCCGCGUCGUCCGCAUCUACCCCCUCUCCUCCGAGCUCAAGCGCACCAGCGGCGCCUUCGCCGAGUCCGCCUACGCCGGCGCCGCCUACUACCUCCUCUGGUACAUGCUCGCCAGCCACAUCGUGGGGGCGUUCUGGUACCUGCUGUCGAUCGAGAGGGUGAGCGAUUGCUGGAAGAAGGCGUGCAGCGAGUUCCCGGGGUGCAACAAGAUCUACAUGUACUGCGGCAACGACCACCAGAAGGGGUUCCUCGAGUGGCGCACCAUCACCCGGCAGUACAUCAACGAGACCUGCGAGCCCAAGGCGGACGGCGACAUGCCCUUCAACUACGGCAUCUACACCCCCGCCGUCAAGUCGGAGGUCAUCAAGUCCGACGACUUCACCUCCAAGCUCCUCUACUGCCUCUGGUGGGGCCUCGCCAACCUCAGCACGCUGGGGCAGGGGCUGCAGACGAGCAUCUACACCGGGGAGGCGCUGUUCUCGAUAUUCCUGGCGACGUUCGGGCUGAUCCUGAUGGCGAUGCUGAUCGGCAACAUCCAGACGUACCUGCAGUCGAUGACGGUGCGGCUGGAGGAGAUGCGGGUGAAGCGGCGGGACUCGGAGCAGUGGAUGCACCACCGGCUGCUGCCGCAGGAGCUCCGGGAGCGGGUGCGGCGGUACGACGCGUACAAGUGGGUCAACACCCGCGGCGUCGACGAGGAGGCGCUGGUGGGGAACCUCCCCAAGGACCUCCGCCGCGACAUCAAGCGCCACCUCUGCCUCGGCCUCGUCCGCCGCGUCCCGCUCUUCGCCAACAUGGACGAGCGCCUCCUCGACGCCAUCUGCGAGCGCCUCCGCCCGGCGCUCUACACGGAGAGGACGUUCAUCAUCCGGGAGGGGGACCCCGUCGACCAGAUGCUCUUCAUUAUCCGCGGCUGCCUCGAGAGCAUCACCACCGACGGCGGCCGGACGGGGUUCUUCAACCGGAGCCUCCUCGAGGAGAGCGACUUCUGCGGGGAGGAGCUGCUCACGUGGGCGCUCGACCCCAAGGCCGGCGUCAGCCUCCCGUCCUCCACGCGCACCGUCAUGGCGCUCUCCGAGGUGGAGGCCUUCGCGCUGCACGCCGAGGAGCUCAAGUUCGUCGCCGGCCAGUUCCGCCGGAUGCACAGCAAGCAGGUGCAGCACACGUUCCGCUUCUACUCGCAGCAGUGGCGCACCUGGGCGGCCACCUACAUCCAGGCCGCCUGGAGGCGCCACCUCAAGCGGAAGGCGGCCGAGCUGCGCCGGAGGGAGGAGGAGGACGAGGGGGCCGCCCGUUCGUACGGCUUCAGGACCACCAUGCUGGUCUCUCGCUUCGCCGCCAACGCCAUGCGCGGCGUGCACCGGCAGCGCUCCAGGCGGGCCGGGGAGCUCCUCAUGCCCGUGCCCAAGCCGUCCGAGCCGGACUUCGGCGCCGACGACUGAGGGAAUGACUGUCCAACAAAUUAAUGCUCCUAGUGAUUGAUGAUUGAGCACCUAGUGAGUGUUGAUUAGUGUUUAUUAAUAUCAAACGGGUGUAAACUGUAAGUAAAACAAAUUUUAUGUUACUUGAGAAAAUAUUAGAGUUUUACGUCUUCUAUUAAUUUAUUAAGGACGGUAAAAUUGUUAGGGUAAGAUUUUUGUAGCUAUUUUUUAGUGCAAAAUUGUAGUACCCCUGACUAUCUAAAUACUGAGUUUUAGAUUGAACGGUAAAAUUAUACUGCAACUAAUCUUGCCGAUUUAGCUGUGCAGUGAAGUACCGGUGUUGUUAAACAUAACAAAAAAAACUGUUACAUGGAUCAA